UCCCCAUACACCAAACAGAGCAUGUACCUCCCCAGGGCAGCUUGGGGUAAACCUAGCUUCAGGUUUUGCAGUCGCUUCAACCCACUCCUCACAUCCGGAAGGAAAAAUCUACAGCUUAUGACUCCACAAUUCCUCUAUGAGCCUGGGAUUCAAAUCCCUGGGGGCCUCCCAGACUCAAGCUCAUUCACAUUCAUUCUCAUCCUCUCACAGUCGCUUUCUCUCUUCCCAGACUCCUAACAAGACAAGAAGAUCCUCCCCAGAGGCGCUCUCUUUCAUUCAUCCCCUCCCAACACACACACACACACACACACACACACACACACACACACACACACACACACACACACACACUCGCGUGAGCACACACGCUCACACACCGACCCAGACAGCCCACGCACUUUCCAGACGCCCCCUCUUGCACACUCCCCUCCCUAAAGACAUUCACCCACUCACCAGCUGUAGCCUCUUCCAUCCCCCGCCCUCCGCCCGGCUCCCCCUCCUCAAGAAGCCGACCCUCGCGCUAGGAGGUAAGGACCCCCGGCAGACGCACUGCACGGGCGCGCCGCACUGACCUCCGCCCGCCCUGCAAGCAGAUUAACAAAGGCGGCGGCGAGCCCCGGUCCGAAAACCGAAAGCUGGCUGCGGGGUCCGGAGCCUGAGCCCAGUAGGAGAGCGAGCAGCGCGGGCUGCUCUGAAGUCGCAGGAUACAGCCUGAGCUCCCAGAUCUCUCUCAAGAGGCGCUGCUGGGACACUGGCCGCACCAUGGGCUGCUGCACCGGGCGCUGCUCGCUGGUCUGUCUCUGCGCACUGCAGCUGCUUUCAGCUUUGGAGAGGCAGAUCUUUGACUUCCUCGGCUUCCAGUGGGCACCCAUUCUUGGAAAUUUCCUGCAUAUAAUAGUUGUCAUAUUGGGUCUGUUUGGAACCAUUCAGUAUAGACCACGUUACAUCAUGGUGUAUACAGUGUGGACUGCCCUUUGGGUCACCUGGAAUGUGUUCAUCAUCUGCUUUUAUUUGGAAGUAGGAGGCCUCUCUAAGGACACAGAUCUGAUGACCUUCAACAUCUCUGUACAUCGGUCAUGGUGGAGGGAACAUGGACCUGGCUGUGUCCGGAGAGUGCUACCACCAUCAGCCCAUGACAUGAUGGAUGACUACACAUAUGUCUCAGUCACAGGCUGUGUCGUCGAUUUCCAGUACCUAGAGGUCAUCCACAGUGCUGUACAAAUACUGCUAUCUCUGGUUGGUUUUGUGUAUGCCUGUUAUGUGAUCAGCAUUUCCAUGGAAGAAGAAGACACCUUUGAUUUCAUAGGUGGACUAGACGCGCACUCCCACUACCGGGAUCAUGUUGAGUUAAAGCCUGUUAAACCUGUCGAAAUAAGUAAUGACAUUGACUCUGAAAUGCGGCUCCUGGACUUGAGUUAGGGAACAAAGCACCAUUGGCCUCUAGCUCUGGGGAUCCUACAGCGUCACCUUCCUCCUAGACAGCAGGACUGCGCCCCCUGCCGACCAGAGAACACGGAGCUGCGAGGUCUUUGGUGUCAGCCUGUGUUAACAUUAGCGUUGUUUGCUAGAUGCGUUCUGGGUGCUUGGGUGGGUAUUUUUUUGUUUUUGUUUUUAAGUCAUCUUAUAUGAGCACUUGUAAAUUGUAAAAAAAAAAUGGUUUUUAAUUUUUUCUUAAUUUAACUUGAGGCAUGCAAAAUGAAAAAAAAAAAUCUGUGAAAA